UGCCUUCUCACUGGAGAGUGUUCAUCAGAAAGAAGAAAGUCAUAUACACCUGGCUUGAGGGUGAGUAAAUCUUGGGGUAAAUUUCAUUUGAAAGUGAACUAAUCCUUUAACUUUGACAUACAGUGAUCCUUAUGACAAUAAGCCCCAUUCUUCUCUUAAUUUUAAACGUCUAGCUAACUUUUUUGUGAUUCAGUCUGUUUUCUUUCUAUGGAAUUCGCAAGAAAAAACAUUUGCCAGUAAUUAUUGCUGCAUGUUAAACUUUGAUUUUACACAUUAUUUAUAAGGUCAAACGCACUUUGCAGAUCAAAGCAGCAUAAUGCGGGUCAUUUGGCUUGCUUGUCUUUUUAAUGGAGUUUUAUAAAGGGGCUCAUUCAGAAGUCAAAACGGCGUAAGAUGCGAUUUCACGCCUUUUUAGGUUCAUCCAUAAGUGGCCACCAGCGCAAGAUAACAGCUGUGUGUCAGACGGUGUGUGCGCACGUCUGUGUGUAUGCGUUGAGGUGAACGGACACUUGAGCGUCCCCCGGCAAACGCAGCGUUAUAGCGGCCGCCGCGCGCGCCAGUUUCCGUUCGUCUCUCCGGUUGCUGGGCACUAAGACAAACUCAUGCUCUGUUUGAGCAGAACACUAUUACAGACGCGCGCGUAAAUAUUUGCUCAGAAAACAGACUCCCCAUGAGCGAUGGGUAUAAAUGAGCAAACCGCUAAUUAUCCAUAACUCGAAACGGACAGCAAGACUUCACGAGCGACAUCCGUCCAGCAUUGCACGGAUGGCAGCAAGUGUUAUCAGGACACUGAGUAAUUUGGGUUUCACAAAACCCUUCCCUCCCUCCUUCUUUCCCGCUGAGGAUGAGGAGGAGACUGAAGAGGAAUAUGAAGAGGAGCUGAGAGAGGACAGUCUGGAGGAGGAAGAGGAUGGAGUAGCCAGUGAGUCUCAAGAGGAAGAGCCGUGGAGUUUUGAUCCCUCCCCCAAUAACACUGAGAUGACCAACCAGCUCCUGCGGUUCGCUGAACUCAUCAGCAACGAUGUCCAGCGUUACUUUGGCCGAAGCCAAGACCCUGAUGCCUGUGACAUUUAUGCAGAGAGGCCGUGUCCAAAAGUCGGGGGCCGCCAGCGAUAUUAUGCUGACUUCAUCAAAGUAGCAUCAUCAGGGCAUGUGGAGGAGCCUGAGUUGCUCGGGCCCCUUGCAGAGCUCUUUCAAGAUGCUCAAAGGAAAGGCCGGGGUUUGCCCAUGAGCCAACGGCGCCUGCCAAUCAGCUUCUGGACAGAGCCUUUCGCACACCGGCUCGAUGUGUUAGGUGAUACCAGCACACAGGAGAACUCGCUCAGUAUGAUCGACACUUCAGAGAGCUCUAUCAACAUCAGCACCUCAUUGAGCAUGUUCAGUAACACGAGCGUGUGCACCGUGACCAGCUCCAGUGUCUCAGGGACUCUCAGCAGCUCAAGCACCCCAGACUUCAGUGAUUUACUUGCUCACUGGGCCAUGGACAGAGAGAAUCCCAGUGAAUUUAACUGUGACUACCAACUAUCAUAACCAGUGUUUGCUAGGCAUAUCACUGCAAAAUAUCAUUUAUAUUUUAAUGCUUAAUGCUUAAAGCUUUUCUUUCAGUUUUUAAUGUUUGCCUUGUUUUCUGGUAAAAAAAAAAGUAGACGUUUUCUUUAGAAAAUGCAUUUGGAAUAUCA